CUGGCUCAGAGCAAAGUCAAAGCCUUCUUUAACUGACUGAUCUAUUUCAAACCUGGAGUCUCAAGCUGCAGAAGUGUUUGACACCACGCCUCUCAUGGGAUGCAACCCACUCCAGGCCUGUUGGCUAACAUCGAUACAGUAGAUAACUAAUGAAACUGGACGUGUUUGUGUCUCCUCACUGCUGUAACAACCUAUUUCAACCUGCGUUAGGAAAUAAUAAGGUAGGUUUUGGCAUUCGAUUGUAACAAAUGUUUAUGAUAAACUUCAUCAUUACCUUUCAUAGGAAAGAGAAACAAUAUAUUUAACUACCUAAGGUAUAUAAGGUUAGAGUUGAAUCUACAACAUUUCAUAGUAAAAGGUUUUUCAUUUUUUUCUUUUUAUAGUGAAUAAGCAUGUCAAGAGGAGAAAUCAUCGUUCUUAUUUUGUCUUUGCUGUUUGAGGCUUCACUGAACCAACUAUGUGAAAGGGAAACAGACUGUCCCAAAGAAAACCAGGAUGUUUUCAGUUCAUCUACAACAGAAAUCCCAAGCCUCCUGAGACCAGGUGUCACCGAGUUUUUUUUGUUGUCAAGCCCGAUUGCAACAAUCCCCAAAGGAGCCUUUGUUAAAAACCCGCAGCUUGAAAAGGUGGAGUUACUGUCCACCACCACGACAUCUAUUGAAACGGGAGCUUUUGAAGGUUUGGUAGACCUGAAGCAUAUUGAGAUCUCAAGCACUCCAUUAACGUGGAUCCCAGUGAGAGUCUUUAAAGACCUCAGCAACCUAGAGAAGAUUACCCUAAAAUUGAACAAGCUCCGUAGUCUGGAAAAAGGCUUGUUUGAUGGCCUUGACAAAUUAACAGAGCUCCAGUUAAAUGGGAACGAGAUCGGAUCGAUUGAAGAUGGGACAUUUGAUGGCCUGGAGAACCUCUUGGUGCUUCAUUUGGCUAAAAACAAUCUCUCUGCUGUAUCAACCCACUGGUUUUCAAAUUUGAAUAAACUGCAGAUACUACGACUUUACGAGAAUCAGCUGACCUCGGUUCCUGAAGACAUUUUCCAGAAUUUGCCAAACUUGAAGGAAAUUGGCUUGCAUGGAAACCAAAUCUAUUUCCACAUAAAGACAAACUCAAUAAACUGCUUCUGGAGAAUAAUCUUCUUACAGGUUUGCCUGAAGGAUUCUUCGUUGGCUUCCCUCAGCGUUUUACGCUGACCUUACAGAAAAAUAAACAGACAAGUCUACCACCUGUGCUUUUUGGAGAAAUGCCUAAAUUGACAGAUUUGAGCCUCAGUCAAAACAGUCUUAGCACCAUUCCUAAAGGAGUAUUUAGCCCUCUGAAGAAACUCAAGAAGUUAGAUCUGUCUAAAAAUCAGUUUGUAAAGGUGUAUGCUGAGUACUUUGAAGGCCCUGAGAAGCUGGUAGAUCUGAAUCUACAAAACAACAAGAUAAAGUCACUGGAUGCAGAUCUGUUUGA